AUCUUGGAUCCUGAUCUGCCCGACCAUCGAUCCGGCUCGCCUCCUCCUGCUCCCUCUGUCCGCGGGCCAACCACGAUAGUCACCACCACCGCAAGCGCUGCUGAAACAGCAACCACGACAGCGCAAUGAGCAGAAUAAACGCACCCGACUCACGCACAAAUCUGCCCCGUGCCGAUGGCGAUGGCGAUGGCGAUGGCGAGCGGCUGCGUCGAUGGAUCCAAAAGGCGAUCAUCCAAUGCUCGGACCGCGGCCUGUUUCGAUCGGCCAAGUGGCUUGCUGAACAGCUUGUCGCUUUCUCGGCCGACCAGCCCAUCGCCCCCAUCCACCUGUCAAUGCUAGAGCAAUCCUUGGGUAGCCAGCCGCAGCUCGAUCUCGACUCGACGCAUCCAUGUUUCUCAGAAUACCUGCUCGCCAGGACAUACUUUGACCUGCGAGAGUUUGAUCGGUGCAGCCAUGUCCUGCAGUCGUGCCAGGGCAAAGCCGGCGGCCCAGAGCAUCCAAAGAUGCUGUUUCUGAGACUGUACUCGCAACUGCUGGGAGGCGAGAAGCGCAAAGAAGAAGAGGGCCUGGCGAUCGCAGGUCCCCUCGAGAGCCAGCAGCCCAACCGCGAGCUCGGCAGCAUUUACGAUGAGCUCCUGCCGAUGUAUGAAGCAGACGAACUCGACGGAUUCCUGCUGUACCUUUUUGGAGUGGUUUGCAGCAAGCAAAACGCGAAGGAUUUGGCGAGAACGGCUCUCAUCCGGUCGGUCCAGCGAUAUCCGCUCAACUGGAGCGCCUGGCUCGAGCUGACAUCGGUGGUGGAUUCGGUAUCACUGCUGGAUGAGCUUCAGACGCAACUUCCAUCGCUGAACCACUUUACGACAACCGCGUUUCUGCUGAACCUGUCGAUCGAGCUCAACCUGCUGGACGACAAAGCCGACGAGCGCAUCGGGGUCCUGACGAAGCUCUUUCCCGAGAGCCUUCCGAACCAGGCGGCCAAGGCCAUGUUGCUGUACAAUAGCCAAGACUUUGAGCGCGCUGAGGUAGCAUUCGAGAAGCUGCGAAAGGCCGACCCGCACUCGGUCGAGUUUAUGGACACCUACUCGCACGUCCUCUUUGUGAUGAAGAAGCGUGCCCAGCUGAGUUAUUUGGCCCACAAUGCUGUCGGCAUUGACAAGUACAAGGCAGAGACCUGCUGCAUCAUUGCCAACUACUACAGCCUACGCGACGAGCACGAGCGGGCAGUGCUCUACUGUAAGCGAGCGCUGAAACUGAAUCGGAACUACAUCCAAGCCUUCAUUCUCAUGGGCCAUGAAAUGGUCGAACUGAAGCUGCUCCAGGCGGCAAUCGAAGCAUACCGACGCGCGAUAGACAUCAACGAGCGGGAGUAUCGAGCAUGGUAUGGGCUGGGUCAGGCAUACGAAAUGCUGCGGAUGCCCUCGUAUGCGAUCUAUUACUACACCAAGGCCGUGACGAUUCGACCCGAAGAUGGCCGCUUCUGGGUGGCUCUGGGCAAGUGCUAUGAGGAGAGCGAUCGGCACGACGACGCCGUUCGAUGCUACAAGCGAUCGCUGGCGGGAAUCGACAUGGAUCCUGGCGUGCUGGUUCGCCUGGCGCAGUACAGUCUGUCGGCCGGGGACGUGGCGGCGGCGGCACGAUACUACAAAUCAGCCGUCGAAAACGACAAGACAAAGCCAGAGGAUCUGGACGAGGCAGAGCAGUUCCUGAGCCAGCACCGGCAAAAGUAAUGCGGCGAACACGAUUCGAUCGGAGGGAAGCACCAUCGCCCUCGCCCCCUCCACUCCACUGCACUCCACUGCACCCUCUCCAGCGAGCUCGCAUCGGACGAGGCGGGGAGGAAGCAUCUACUGUUCUGCUCGGGGUCUGGGCCGGACCCUCAACCACAGCAAUCCACCAGACCUGUCCUGCCGACGCGAUCAGCACGGGUAUGGCGGGAUGAAGGAGGGGGGAAGAGAGGAAAGAAGAAGCCCCGAUCCAGUUUGGGUGAACACGGCGAACAAAGCCCGAAGGAGCAGAGGACGGAAACCUGAGUCAUGGGACGAAGCCCUCAGGGUCACGCGCGGCUCUGGGCAGACCGCCAGCCAGAGCGAGGGGCCGAAGAAGCAAGAUGC